UUAUCGUCUGAAUUUGCAAAUUUCGUAAGAUAAAAACACAGACGCACGUGCGUCGUAGAUCGAUCGGGGGGAAGGGGGAUGGCGCACCGGUCGCUCCUCAUCGCGACGGUGCGAGCAGGGAGAUACACCCCCACCCCUACUUCAUAAAGGGGUCCUCGCGACAGUGCAGGCCAGCAGUUGUCGAACGUAGAUCCUGGACGCAUCGUUUGAAAUACCGCUUCCCACGAUUUAUCGGACCUGUUCGAUAAACUUCGAAACUUUUUUUGACGAAAUUCGGAGAACGGCAAAGGUCAGAAACUUUCUCUUCGCUCGGUCAAUUUUGUUUUUCUCCAAAAUUACCCAUCAUUUAUAAGAAAACUGAACUUUGAAAAAGUUGAAUCCUGAAUUGAAAUAACUGAUGCAUCAUUAAACUUUAAAAUUUUUGGAAAAAAAAUUCGUUCACCAAACAUUUCUCCAUAGUUUAAAUAAAUCUUUAAAUUAUUAAAUUAGCCCACUUAAAAUGAUUGAUAGUUUUUACUCGUUUUAGUUAAAAGUCACUUUUCACUUUAUUGGCUGAAAAUGUAAUUGUACUACGCAGAAAAGACCAAACAAGAUAUUUAUUAAAAAAAUCUCUUCGAAAAUAAACCUAUUUUGACUUUUUAAAACGAUCAAAACUUUGAAAUCGAUGUGGUGAUUUGAAACAUUUCCUAUUACAUGACUUUUAUAUCUUAACAUUGAAUUUCAUCAAUAUUUGACCGAUAUUUAACUGAAUCAGCAUUUACUAUUUGAAAGAAUAAAAAUCAUUUUUUUGCAAAAGCAUUAUUUUUGCCGGUGUCAAACUUCAGUCGAUUUUUAAUGGAUAGAGGUUCAAGCAAUUGAAACUGAUUUAAUCAUGUUGAACCUCUUGCUUGCGAUAAUAUUCAUGUCCGGCUUCCCCUCAGCCCACCUUCUCAGCUAUCAUGGAAUGUUCUCUGCCCAAUCAAAUCCACCUCCUGAUCCCUGCUAUGAGGAAAUGUCUGAACCCCGCCGUUGUAUUCCUGACUUUGUCAACGCUGCCUUCGGUAAGGAAGUGAAGGCCUCCAGCGAAUGUGGCAGCCCUCCUACCCGAUACUGUACCACAUCGACAGACGAUAAAGGUGAAGUUAUCCGUAACUGCCAGAUAUGCGAUGCCAGCAAUCCAAAAAGGGCCCAUCCUACCCCUUAUCUGACGGAUCUCAACAAUCCUAACAAUGUCACUUGUUGGAUGUCUGAGCCCUUUUCUCAAUCCUUGCACAAUGUGUCCCUCACCUUGUCUCUUGGGAAGAAGUACGAAUUGACUUACAUUAGUCUGCAGUUCUGCAACCAGAAGCCUGAUUCUCUGGCUCUCUACAAGAGCAUGGACUAUGGAAAGACGUGGCAUCCCUUCCAGUUUUACUCGAGCCAAUGCAGGAAGAUGUAUGGAAGACAAAACCGAGCAGUAAUCACCAAGGCGAAUGAGCAAGAAGCUCUCUGCACCGAUGCUCAGUCCAAUGUGGAACCCAUAACAGGAGCCAGGAUUGCCUUCAGCACUCUGGAAGGCAGGCCUUCUGCUUACGAUUUCGACAACAGCCCCGUUCUCCAGGACUGGGUGACGGCCACUGACAUCAAGGUAGUGUUCAACCGAUUAGUUGGGUGGACGGGCAAUGAGAACGAGACUCUUGGUCAGACGUAUUUCUAUGCAGUGUCCGAUUUCGCUGUGGGAGGCCGCUGCAAGUGUAACGGACAUGCAUCCCGUUGCAUCCACGAUAGGGAUGGCUUGCUGGUUUGCGACUGUAAGCACAACACGGCAGGAAGGGACUGCGAAAGGUGCAAGCCGUUCCACUUCGAUAGACCCUGGGGAAGAGCCACCGCACAUGAAGCUCACGAAUGCGUCGCGUGUAACUGCAACCGCCACGCUCGUCGCUGCCGUUUCAACAUGGAAUUGUACAAGCUCUCCGGUCGUACAAGCGGAGGAGUGUGUCUCAAGUGUCGCCACAACACGGCCGGCCGCCACUGCCACUACUGCAAGGAAGGAUACUACAGAGACAACACCAAGCCCAUCACCGAUCGGAAGGCUUGUAAAGCAUGUGACUGUCACCCCGUGGGCGCGUCCGGACGCACCUGCAACCAGACCACCGGCCAGUGCCCUUGCAAGGACGGCGUGACCGGCAUCACGUGCAAUCGUUGCGCCAAGGGAUACCAGCAGAGCAGGUCCCCCAUUGCACCCUGCAUCAAGAUUCCAAGGAUGGUGGACGUUCCAAAACGAGUCGCCGGGCGCCAAGGUAACAAAUGUGGCGACUGUCCGUCGGCAAGAAAACGAGUCAACCUCAAUAAAUUUUGCAAACGAGACUAUGUGGUCCAGGCGAGUGUUUUGUCCAGAGAGGCUGUGGGAAACUGGAUCAAGUUCACUAUCCACGUAAUGCAGGUGUUCAAGCAGGGUUCGGCGAAAGUCCACAGGGGGACGCAGUUCCUCUGGGUCAGCGUCACUGAUCUGGCCUGCAAGUGUCCCAAGAUCAAGGUCAAGCAGACCUACCUCAUCCUCAGUAAAGACUCGAGACAGCCGGAACAUCCCGGUCUGACGGCCGACGAACGAAGUAUCGUCAUUGAAUGGAAAGAUGACUGGGCAAGGCGCAUGCGCAGAUAUCAACGUAGACAACGGAAAGGCAAAUGCAAGAACUGAAAGCGACACAGAUCAAAACAUCAAAAAGUGGAAAAGAAUAAUCAUUUUUUCACAAGGUCGUAGUCUCCUAUCUCCCCAAGUGUUUGUUGGACUUCCUCAGUGGUCGUUAUUAUCUGUAUAUUGUGUUUCGUAUUACCGAGAAAUGAUUCCAAACAAAAAAGAAGACGGUGUAAAAUUUCUGGAUUUAGUAGACUUUUGAUAUAAUGGAGUAUUAGUUCAUAGAAUUACAAUUAAAGUCGGCUUUACUUCCGUUCCACUGCUUUUGCAAUCCUUAAUUUUUUUUUCUUUUAUAGAUUGAGUAGGGAUCUGAAGUGAAGAAGAUAGUGCCCAAAGAAAAUUGUUGCACUGGAGAUAGGUUGCUCUUUAGCUAUUGCGGGAACAGUACGAUCAUUCAAUUCACAUUAGAUCGGGAAAGAAAAGCUACAAUUGGCGAUGUUGAGAUUUGAAAAGAAAAGAAAAGGGAAAAAAAAAAAAAAACCUUGGCAAAUCUUUUACAAAAAACAGCAUCACUACAAAACUUCUCAAAGAAAUACAUCAUAUAAAUAUAAUCUAUAUAUUUAGUAAAAAAAUUACAGCAUAUUUUAAUUAAUGACGGGGCAAUAUGGGGGAGAGAAUAAAAAGAGGCAAGAAAUUGAAAAUUAUAUAUAUUAUUAUAAAAAUCAAAACACUUUGUUAAAAGAUAUAGAUGUAUCAGAUGAAUGCAACAUAAAAGAAUCUGAUAGUUAUUACAAUAAUAAUGAUGAAUCAUUAAUUAAUUUAAGAAAUAAGAAUUAUUCAAAAAAAAAUUUCUCGAAAUUAUUAAACAUUAAAUAUUUAAAGCAAAAAUUUUCAAUAAAUGAUAAAAAGUACAAAUCAAACAAACCACAAUCAAAAAUUUUGAAAUUCAGUUACUGUAAAUUAUCUAAGAAUUAAUGAAAAAAGAAAAAUUGAACAUUAAAAUUCAAUGUUAAUAAAAGAAUGGAAACUUUCUGGAAAAAACUUAUCUUCCCACAAUUCAAAUCAACUUUUGAGAAAUUUAUUUAUUAAGCGAAACGUUCAUAAGGAUGAUGAUAUCUUUUUAUGGGGGGAGGGGCUUAGAAUAUUUCGUUUUCAUAUUUUAAUCAUAUAUAUAUAUAAUAUAAAAGAAAUGAAUAAUAAAAAAAAGGUGAUCGCUAAAAGGGCAAAAAAAUCCUUCAUUGUUUUAAAGUGUUAGAUGUAACAAGUUAAUACUUAUAUAGAGAAAUUUAUGUAAAAUGUCUUUGAUGUUCGUAAUGUGCAAAAUGUUAUUAUUAUUUUUUAUUUUUGAAGCUGGAUGAUUUAAAUUAGAAUAGAUAGAUUGUGAAAUGCAUGUAAUUAUUUCAUACUUCUAUGGAACAAAAUAUUAUUUAAUAUUCAUGUAUAUUUUGUAUGAUUUUUAUAUAGAAAAUGCAUUAAACAAAUGUAGCUUCAUCAUUUAUGUAAAGUUCCAUGUUUAUAGAAGUGUUGAUUCUAUGUUAUUUUUAUGUAAAAUGAACAGAAUAAUAUUCAGAAAACGAUUGAAGCUGGAUCAAUUGCUUGUGUUAGAAUUUAUUUUUAGUGAAUUAUUAAAGGUAAAGGUUUGCACAAGUAAAGGCAUGCACAAUUAGUUUCUUAAGAAAUAUAGUUUAGUCCCAUGGAUUAUUUGCUUUCAGUUGCUUUUUACUCCUUUCAUUCAUAAGUUUCAGAACAUAAAUUUUAUAAAUUGUAUAUUUUAAUACAUUUUGGCCCAACAAUAAUAACAUUUGCAUUAGCACAGAUUAUUAAAGUAAUUAUUUUAAAUGCUUUUAAAUCAUGGCUCAGUAGGUUAUUUCUAAACUAUCAGAGAUAGAAAUUAUUACCAGGUGGAAAAAUGUUUUCAAUGAUUAACAGAAUUUACUUCAUAGCAUUAAAAUUAAUAAAUAAUACAAAAAAAAUUAGUCUAAUUUUUAAACCCAUAAAAUUUUUAAACCCAUAAGUAAUAAAAUAUUCAUAAUGUUAACAUUUCAAUCAAAAAAAGUUUAAAAUGAUCGAGUAAUGAAAAUUUGAAUUCCAUUAUUUCAAACCAAUGAAUAGCUGCCUCGAAUAUGUGAUGCCUGUUGAUUGGUGGAUCUUCCAUUAGACAGCCAUUGAAAUGGUCUAAAAUAAGGAUAAUCAAAGUUUCAUAUUCUCAAUUGCAGAAGAAAUAAACAUUUUUUUAAUAUUAGUCAUAUUUAGCAAAAUAAUUUUGAUUCAUCAAUAAACCAGAAAAAAGAAUAAAUAUUUAGACAUCACUAUUUUUUAGCAGAUAUUUACUGAAUUAAAUACCAUAAAAUAUGAUGAUUUUUUUUUAUAUCGAGAGCUACUGUCCAUUUGAAACAAGUACAUCUCUAAUGGUUCAGACAUUAGCAAUUGGGCCAUGAUAAAGCAAACAUACUGUAUAAUCUAGAAAUUUUGUUCCUUCAGCAAUCAUUUUGAAAAAUAAAAUUGUUCUAAAAUUUUAAUAUGUCUAUAAUCUCUAAUUACAUUCUACUAAAAUUCAUUAUACAAUUAUUUAGUAAUGAAGUACUGAAAAAAAUUUAACAGCUAAAAAAAUUCAAAUUAAAUAAAAAUCUAACAAUCCAUUUAGUUCUUAAAUUCGUGGGAAAAAAUCCCUCAAUUACAUGAUAUGGCGAUUUAAAUUUACUUUUAUUAGAUCAGAAUAUAAUGUAUUUCAUUCACCUUCAGAAUUUAUGAUAUGAACAUAAAAAUUUAAGGCAAAAAAAGGCUGAAAAAGAAAUGCCCCAAAAAUAUACUUUGAUGCAAAAAUGUUAUAUAUAUUAUCCAGCACUACAUAAUCAAACAUUACUUAACUGGUUAAAUUUUAGCAAUUAUAAUUAUUUAUUAGAAGAUUUUUAAUUUUAAUUUGAUUUUUCUCUUUUUAAUAUUAAUUUUUAGUGCUGGGAGAAAAUCUAUCAAAAUUCUCUAUUUUCAUGCAAUACUUUUCAAGUGUUUUUGCUAUAUCAAAAUGAAGGACGCAUUUUCAAAUUACUGUUAUUGAUUUUUAAGGAAAAAGUAACUUUGAAUACAAAAUGUAAAUGUGAAGUUCAAUAAUUUUCCCCACAUUUAAUAAAAAUAAUUUCUGUGCUUUAUUUGCUACAAAAUCCACAUAUGAAAUAUCUCAGUUUUAAUCUAUCUGUAUCAAUUACAAGAAUCGUAAAUGAUUACAUAUAAAUAUAUAGCAUGUUAAAGUGUAUGUAUCUCUAUCUCUUCAUUCAAAAUUAGAUAAUUGUUUUAGAUAGUUCUUAACAUAUCAUGAUGUCCAUUGUGUAAUGGCAGAAGAUCUGACAUUUGUGCCAUAAGGUUUAGUCUAAAAAUUUCUUCAAGUAAGUGUAUAAGUAAAUGUUUGUCAACUGUGUAAUAAGUACUUAAAUCAUUUUGACUGUUCCUUUUUGGAAACAGG